GCUGCUGCGGCCUGUGGCGCCGUCACCCGGCAGAACCCAGUUCGUGGAGCGAGGCGCUCCUGCUGCUGCUGUUGCGGCCACUGGCCACGCGCACGGGAGCGAUUCGGGGCUGUGCGGAGCCGACCCGCCCUCCUGCCACCGUCCUCCCGUUCGCGGGCCGCGUGGGUCCGUUAUCAUGUCGCUGGGGCAGCGCCUCGCUCAGCUGGCUGGCCGUCUGCGGGAGCCGCAGAAAGUGGCCCAUUUCCAGCGGCUGUGUGGGGUGGAAGUACCGCGGACCCGCUACGCCGCUGACCCGAGGGAGGAUGAGAAGGCGGAGGCUCCCCUCUCCGGAGACUCUCGGUGCAGAGAGCGGCAUCCAGGGGCGUGCGAAGGCCCCCAACCUCCCGGGAGCGACCGCAAUCAGUGCCCCGCCAAGCCGGGCGGCGGCGGCACCCCAAACGGCGUGCGAAACGGGCUGGCAACCGACCUGGGCCCGGCCCCGCCACGGCGAGCGGGCACCCUGCGGCGAAACUCGCUGACCGGCGAGGAGGGCGAGCUGGCCCACGUGAGCAACUGGCCGCUCUACUACCUGUUCUGCUUCGGCACGGAGCUGGGCAACGAACUAUUUUACAUCCUGUUCUUCCCCUUCUGGAUCUGGAACCUGGACGCCCUGGUGGGCCGGAGGCUUGUGGUCAUCUGGGUGCUGGUCAUGUACCUGGGCCAGUGCACCAAGGACAUCAUCCGCUGGCCGCGGCCCGCCUCGCCGCCCGUGGUCAAACUGGAGGUCUUCUACAACUCCGAGUACAGUAUGCCCUCCACCCACGCCAUGGCCGGCACCGCCAUCCCCAUUUCCAUGAUCCUCCUCACCUACGGCCGCUGGCAGUAUCCUCUUAUAUAUGGACUGAUUCUUAUUCCCUGCUGGUGUUCCCUAGUUUGCCUAAGUAGAAUUUACAUGGGAAUGCACUCCAUUCUGGAUAUUAUUGCUGGAUUCCUAUAUACCAUUUUAAUUUUAGCUGUCUUCUAUCCAUUUGUGGACCUGAUUGACAACUUCAACCAAACUCACAAAUAUGCUCCAUUAAUCAUCAUUGGGCUUCACUUAGCCUUGGGGAUCUUUUCUUUCACUCUCGACACCUGGAGUACGUCCCGAGGAGACACAGCUGAGAUUUUAGGAAGUGGUGCUGGAAUUGCAUGUGGUUCUCAUGUUACCUAUAACAUGGGUCUAAUGUUAGAUCCUUCUGUGGAUAUGUUACCUUUAGUUAGACCCCCCAUUACUGUGACUCUUUUUGGAAAAGCCAUAAUGCGGAUCCUUAUAGGAAUGGUAUUUGUACUAAUAGUCAGAAAUAUAAUGAAAAAGAUCACCAUUCCUUUAGCCUGUAAAAUCUUCAGUAUACCAUGUGAUGACAUUCGAAAAGCAAGACAACACAUGGAAGUUGAACUUCCUUAUCGGUACAUUACCUAUGGAAUGGUAGGUUUCUCUAUCACAUUUUUGGUUCCUUACAUAUUUUGCUUUAUUGGUAUCUCUUGAUGGAAAAAUUGUUUAUGAUAAGAAAGAAGGGUAUCGGUUGCUGAUAUUUAAAAAUAUAUUCUAGUUAAAAGCCAAAUCAGCGUUAGGCUUUUGCAGGAAUUUAACUUACAUAAUUAAGUAAAUUCGGAAGAGUCAGUGCAUUUACCAUUGCACAUCCAGAUAUUGCUUUAGGUGAGCUGAGCUAUUUCAACACUGAGAAAAUGAUGAGUACCCAUUUAGACUGUUAAUGUAAUAUCUGGAGACUUUUGUGCUGUUACAGAUUCAAGAUAUAUAACAUAUAUUUAUUAACUUACAUAAUAUACAAUUAUGUAUCUAAUAUAUGUUAUAUAUAAAAUAAUGUUUUUUUAACAGGGGGGUAUAUUAUAAAAUCAAUAAUAAUAUACAAACAGUUGUGCCUGUGUGUUUGGACUUAAUACAGGCAUGUUGUUAUUAACAGAUAUAUUUAGUGUUUAUUCACUAUGGGAGCCAUUUCCUAAUUAAACUGCAUAAUUACUAGACCAGGAUUCAUGUGCUACCACAUAUUGAUUUACUGCCUCAUUUUACACUGCCAUCAUGUUACCCAUGAUGUUGAACAUGGGAGGCAUUUUUAAUGGACCAAAUUUUCAGAAAAAUUAGUUUUUGGAUUUCUUUUUUUUUUCUUCAGUUCUGUAUACUGUGUUGAAUGUACUUUAUUUACAGUUGUUCUGGACAUCAGUUUAAUAAUUCAGGUACUGAAUUUUAUUGCUUGGUAAUUGUGCCUUUCUGUUGCUGUAUUAAGAAAUGCCAUGUAUACUGUGAUAUAACAAUAAGAUGCUAACUUAAUCUUAACUUACAUGUAAUUAGGCAUAUAUUUUUAAAAUAUGUCAAGCUAACAGGGCUAGAACUAAAUCACCCUCAAUUCUUUAGCCUUUGUUUAGAAAGAAAUGUGGAAUAGGCUAAACUUUCUCACUAAUUUAUUGGAAAACUAAAUGGAUAAAUAUUCCAAUUUUUGUAGGUAUUUUUCUGUGCGUUGUAAGGUAUAAGAACAAGAUAUAUUUUUUGUACAUUGUCUUGAUUGUUUAUACUGAAGGUAGAUGUUUCCAGUUAAUGGAAAAGCUGAAAUUUAUAGAUUGGACAAUGCACAAGGUUCACAUGUAAACAAACAAUUUUUCUAAAUUAUUUGGAAAGGAUUGGGUUUAGCAGUUACCUUUUAAUACCCACUUAUUAGCUACUUAAGGUCAGCUAUAAAAUCUAAAGUAUCAGCAUUUAGAUCCCAUUAUUUUUUCUAUUUUUUAUUAUUUUCAGAAGGAAAUUUGGGUAUAGCAUUAAACUAUUCUUUAUUCUGUCUGUGCCUUUAUAUUUUGAAGUGUAAUUAUAAUUAGGUUAACAUUAAGUUAAUUUGUAGUAAGUUUUCCAUAAAGAAGCUAAUUAACUUUCCAUAUAAACAUGCAUCAGGUAUGGAAUUACUUUAGUGCAAUAUCUGAUUAUCCAGAAGUAUCAUUUAAGAUGUCUCUAUUUUGGGCAGCAUAACUAUUUGAGCUCAUAUUUUUAUAAUUCCUAUUGACAACUUAGGGACAUGGUAGUUUUUACCAUUAUUGAAUCUGAGGAUUUUAAAUAAAGCACCUAAAUUUGGGACCUUUACCUAUUAGUUGAAAGGAAACCAAGGCACUUGGGAACAUAUCGGUACGUUGGAAAAUGUGCAAAGAACUUUUUUUUUCAAAAUGUAUUAAAUGAAUCAAAUUUUUGGGACUAUUUCCUAUAAUUGGGUCUAUGCUAUCUUAUUAAUAUUUAUAUCUAGCUUUAAAGGUAUUUGAAAAUAUUUCUUUGUGUUUUGUUAUUAUCUGUUCUAUGAUAGUUCCAUGCUAAAUGUAUUUAAAAAUAAAAGCCAAAUUCAGGAUUGCA